CCGAGUCGGGGCCGCCGCGCGCAGGGAACUGUCGGCGUCGUCUGUAAUUUAUGAGCUUCGCCAGUUCUUUUUAGGCAAUAUGAGUAAGCGAGAAGGUAGUGUGACAUUGCUUAUUCCUGUGAUAUCGAGUCUAUCUUAAAAUUCCCCGUGACCUGGGCAGUGCGGGGGGCUGAGUGGCGCCCUGCACUGGCCGAGGCUGAGAGUGGCAGCUUGUAAUAAACCUCGUGUUAUUCUGGCCCUGAGUUAUCGAGCACCCUCCAGCCUUUGUUUUCCAGGAUGACUAGUGCAAGCUCUCAUCUGUGCCCCCCGGCUAGGUGUGGGGAGUGCAGGGCCUGGGGCGUGGUGGUGGUGGUGGCGGGGGUGGUGAUGGUGGCACUUUCGGGAGGCAGGUGUCGUAAGGGUUAGAAGGCUUGUGUUGGAUAGGCCUGCGUUUUAUAUUAGUGUAUGUUUAGUUAUAGAUGGUAAUUCCUUACAAUAUAUCCAUCUCCUCACUAUUGGUUGGUAUGUGUCAUGGUGUUGGUUCUCCAGGUGGAUUAGGUGUGUCAGGUCAGACAGGGUUGUGGUGCAUUGGUGUAUUCUAAUAUUGUGUGCAUUGGUACUGGUUAGUGUUUCAGGUCCACCGAUAUUGUUUUCUUUCUUUUAUAUGGUUGUUUUGAUUGCAUUACCUUCAUUAAGCACGUGUUGAGUUCUAAGACGCUGAGGUAUUGAGAGGAGGGUUACGAGCAGGAGUAAAGGCUAAGGUUGUGGCUAUAUUGAGGGAUUGCAAGGAAAGAUUAAUAUGAAUUAAUUUAAUAUAUACAUUCUUGGUUCGUUUGAUUUUUUAGGUUCUGUUAACGUUCUUUUUUACUGAAGGGUUGAGGAAGGAUAGUUGUACUGCAUAAAGGUAAUUUUUUGAGUUAGUGAUUAAAUUAACUAAGUGGCCACUUUGAUUGCUUUACUGUGCUGAAGUCGUGUUACGAACUUCCUCCAAGAAUUUUUGAUUGAUAUUGUUGAUCGUGUCUUAAAUUUACUGUGAAGUUAGAAUUUCUGUAUCAAACUGAGUAAAUGUUAAGCUUAGUUUCUUAUUUGUUGUAAAUGUCUGAAGUGCUUUACUGUACAUAUUGAUUCUUCCUUCUCAUGACACUAAUUGAUUGAACGAAUGUGUGUGUUGAGUACAAUAAUUACCGGUAGUAGUUGCCUGAAAACAGACCCAAGAAGUACUUCACUGAAUGCAUUCAGAUUCAGCUUAAACAUACAUUUUAUUCCUUAUCAUCAGGUUCAUAAUCAGAGUACAGUGGCCUGAUGCAGCCUUUUCCACGUGUCAGUCAAAUUCUAACCUCUUAUUCAUAUCCAGGUGACACAAAUAUUAUAUCAGAAAUAGACAUUUUUAAGAAUUUUUCUCUACUGUAAAAAAAAAAGUAUGUUUUUAUCUUCUAAUUAUUCAAUUGUGAUUUACAUGGAUCCAUUACUUGAUAUUUAAUAAUAUGGUAUUGGUCAUAUUUGUCAUAGUUUCUAAUUUGAAUUCUAGAAUGAUUUAUUGUUACAUUUAAAUAAAAAUCCAUAAUAGACUUUAAUGUGAUAGUCAUUCUUACAUUUUCUUUGUAACAUUCAAUCUCAGAAUUGCUAAUUUGCAUAAUGUACAUAAAAGAAAUAGUAAUAGUGAUUGAUGGGCAAUUUGUGACCAGUUGUGAUCAUGAUGCAGUUGUUAAAGCUGCUUAGUUGAAUUUCAUACAACAAAUAUUUUGAAGCUUUGUCUGUGAUCUAAUAAUUUGUUACGAUUUUUUAAGCAAACUUAUAAAAUUCUCAUUCUGUUGUGUGUGAGGGUUAGAAAGACUAUUGUAAUUCACAGAAACUUGUUGAGUAGGACAAGACAACCAGUUUUGAAGUAACAAAUACACAGUUAGGGUAAUUGGAGACAGCAGCAGUGAAUAACAGAGGUUGGCGUUGUAUUGUAUAAAAUGCACAUUUUGGAGACAGUUAGGCAGGACACUGAGGGACACUGGCAGCAUCUUAUAGUUUGCAUUGCUGCACUGCUGACAGAUGUCCUGGUGAACAUUGGUCAGGCAGGACACAGGCCAUGGCAGCAACUGGUGAUGGUGGUUAAUGUUGCGUUGUCUGAUGUGCUCGCUUCCACCCUCUUCUCACGGGUUUCUUUAUCUCACCUUCGCCAGUGUUUAUCUCCAGAGACGUCACUGGAGGACCAGAGGCCGCCUGCCCCAAAGCGGCCAGUGGAGGAGGAGGGGGAAGGGGAGGGGGAGGAGGAGCCUAAGAAAAAGCUUAGUUUUGGCCUCAGCAGCAAACCUGAGGGGAAGCUAGGCCUCCCUGUCAAGAAGCCAAGUGGUGGCAUCUCCAUCAAGCUGGGCCAGUCACAGAAGGCAGCAUCUCAGACGGGUGGAACAACCUCCCUCCUGAAGCCGAAGGUUGGUGCAGCAGCAGCAGCAUUCAGCACCGGUGAUGACGAUGAUGACGAGGAAGAGGAAGAGAUGCCACCUGAGGCCAAGAUGAGAAUGAAGAACAUUGGCAGGGAUACCCCAACAUCUGCCGGCCCCAACAGCUUUGGCAAGACCCGGAUGGGAUUCUGUGAUUCUAAAAAGAUUUAUGAGAAGCAGCUGAAGGAAGUGCAGGACAAAGCAAACAAAGUGGUGCCGGACAGUGUGUAGGGGUGGCAGUAGGUGAGGCCGUGCACCUGACAUGGCCUGUGGCAAGUUGAGAGCUGGUCUGGGUUGUGCUGGGCUGGGUAACAUUGGGGACUUGUUGGUUAUUUGGACAUCCCUCCUUUAGGCCUUAAGGUGUAGCUGUGCGGCCAGAAGGUCUUGUCACCCAUCAUCAGUUUUGUGUGUAUAAAUUGUAUCAUAAAGGCCUCCACACAUGAUGGAGUUAUAGCUGAGUUGCAGUACUGGUUGACAUCUUGAGGGUUGGAGUGUGUGUGCAUGAGUGUGUGCGUGCUUGUGUGUGCAUGUGUGUGUGUGUGCACUUCACGAUGGUUUUGGCAUGGCAUUAUGGGUGUCUGGUUGUAUCAGUGAGGUGUGUAGGCCAUGCCACAUGCUCCAUGCAGGACAGGCUGGUGCAGCAGGCAGUGUGCUCCCCUCAGUACUGUGUAUUGAGACAGGACACAUGGAAGCCGCCAGCAGGUUUGUUUGACUUGUUAUAAAGUUAUGGUGUGAAUCACGCUUUCUAGUUCCAAAUAUUACUUACGUGUUAUUGAUUUUUAUCUCAGUGAACUCAUGGAUGUAAUUGACAAAAGGAUAUUCUUACCUGCAGUAAACUAUUCUUCACCAGCAAUGCUCUGUAUCAAGAGGGAGUGCGGAAUAACUAAGAGAUUACUUUUCUUUGCUGGCUACAAAUUGACAUUGCACGAAAUAUAAUGUACCUGUCAUUGGGAUUUAUAUCUUGGGAUUUUGCCAUAGAGUAUGUUAUAAUACUUAAGUAUUAGCUUGAACUUGUCUUUCUGAGGAAUGCUAUGUCUUAAGUCUGGUGUGAGAAGUAGGGAGGUAUAAAUCAGGUUUGAGGUGUAGGAGAGGAGGAAGGCAUACUUCAGUAGUUGAUGUGGUUGAUAAGUAACUUUUAACAUUAUUACUAAAUAGUGCAGUUUGUGCCAUCGCAGUUUUCCCUCGGCAAGCACAGAAUCACAGUCCAUCAGCCCUUCCAUGAGACUGGUGAAGGUGGUGGUGGUGGAUAGAGGCCAGCAUGAAAGUUGGAUGCCUGCCAUCUAUGCAGGCUAAGUCAGGUUGAGUCACAUCAAUUCCUGUGCUUCACUGAGAAUUUAUAACCAGCUUUCCAUAUCCAGACAUCUUCAGCCACUGUGAAUGAACUGUUUUGUGAAAUUCCAAUGUUCUUUGAAUUUUUGCACUUUAAUGGUAUGCUGUAUUUAAACACAUUCUGAACAUGUCCAUCUGUAGUUGCAAGCUUGGGCAUCCACUGGGUUGUUGUAUCCCGUGGGAGGUGUGUGUCCAAGGGAAGGCAAAUUGUGGCCCAAAUUCAUAAGUAAUGGAUCAUAUUUAUCAGGAAAAAAAAUAGAGAAGUCAGCUGGCCUUUCAGUUCCUAUGGAGUAGAUCCCAAGCCCUUUUGCCAAGGGCAGUAUUGGAACCACAUUUUGAAUACCCUGAUUCCUUGACCCUCCCAGUCCCAUCCAUCCCAUGGAUAGCCAAGUUUGCUUGUAAUCCCCAAGUGAUUGCAAUCCCUCCCUCUGUCCACCAGCAACUCUAAAGGCCAGUUGGUGGAUGCAGCCUCUUUAGGUGUUGCUUGAAGGCCUCAGGUUCCAGUAACACUGCAGCAAAAUUGUCUUUUGUUGAGCACUGUUUGUAAUAUUAUCUUUUAUCUUUUCUUAAACUCUCUACUGCUGUCAUAGCUUUGUUUCUUGAAGCUGUCAUCAACAGCAUCAUUAAGGUACUAUUUGUGGUUGAGAAUUUAUUAUAAGAAAUAUAUAUAUAGUAUAUAUAUAUUUAAAUGUACAGACUUACAUAUAUCAUUACACAGUGGCAGAUGGCAUUAUAUUCUGUACAGACAUGUGCAGUAUUUCAUCACUUAUCAUGUAUACAUUUAUCUGUAUUGAACAUCUCCCUUUUUAACGAUUGUUUUAACACUGAAGGUUAAGCGUGUGGUGUCGGAGACAUUGUUGAUAUGUACAGGCAGUCCACAUCACCAGGGAGCGUUGCAUUCCUUCAAACACCACCUUCAGCAAGCUUGUUACUCCUUCAUUUUGAAACCUGAACGUUAUUUGAAGAAAGUCAUAUUCUUGGGCAUUGUUUGUGUCAACACCCCUUGCUCCAUUCCUGUUCUGAAAGCUUUUUUGUAAAUCUUGCCCAGUGACACCAAAGCUGUUUUAGAGCUUUCCAACCAGUGUGUACUUUAUAUAAGUUCUUGACGUUUUCAUUUGAUUUUUUUUCUAGAUUGAAUUAUUUUUCUAUGUGGUUAUUUCUUUAUGGUUCAGCACAAUUAUGUUACUUAUAACUUUACCUGCCUAACCCAUACAACACCAUAGCAUUAGUUUACAGAAGCCUGUUUAUAUUUCCUGUAUGUAUUUCCCGGUGGCAGUGUUGUGUACCUUUGCAUGAAGGUCAGCAACAGCCUAGUGACAACUGACCACCUGAGGAAGUGACAGCACCCACUCUUUGUAGUACCCUUGUCACCACAACCUGCCUGAGGACAUCACCAAAGCUUCCCAGAGCCUGAGUUGGAGGAGCCGUGGUGAUGGGAAGGAUUGGGUCCGUGCAGUGGUGUUGUGUGCAGCAGUGUGUGGUGCUGUCCUCUCCUUGCAGCAACAGUCAGUGUGAUGCCAUACCAGACCUCAAUUAUUUCUGCAAAUAAAUUUUCCCAUGAUUUGUUAAA